AUGAUGGUUUUGGAAGCACGAGAUUUGCACAAGAGUUCCUCACAUAAAUUAGGAAGGCUUAAACGUGGUGAAAUAGAGUGUAGUCCUCCGAACAAGCCUUUAGCACCGAGCAGACAAACUUACGCGCCCGGCAGACUGCGUCCCCCGUUAGAAGACCGUCGAAUAGAACAGCCACAGCAGGAAGAGCAGGAUGACCAGGAUCAUAUAAGUCGCGGCCAAGUUAACGGUCUCCGCGUUGAUAGCCAUGGUUGCAAUGUAGCGGAGCGGGCGCGACUGAACGGCCGGGGACCUCACGCGUCCCGGCACGGACUAGCGCGUCACAGGACUGGGCCAGACUCGGCCGAAGAAGGAUCCUCCGAUAUUAUA